CCUACACCGGCCCAGCCUCAAACGCCAAAGCCAUCAUACCAUAUCUCGAUAUGCGCAAGGCAUGCAAUGAGAGCUGUGCAUCCAAAGUCCGCCACAGAGACGAUGACGACCCAGCCGUCGUCGAAGGGUCUCCCGCCGGUGGAUCGCCAUCCUUUUUCUCUUUCCGUCAGGCGUCCGCCAACAAGCCGUCUGCCAACUUGUCAUUCACAUUUCACCGCCAGCACCGACUGGAUGCAGCAAUGCAGGCUGGGUCACAGCAGAAGUGGACGGACAAUACUGUCGUCUUCUGCAUUCAAACCUGGGCGAGAACAACAUAACUUUCAAGAACCCCUUGCCUUGCUGGGCGGACGGUUCAGUGAGCACGCUGAAGUGUAUGCCCGCACUGGGGACACUGCGUCUCUUCGUGUUCCCCUCGUGCUGGAACCCAAUCAGAAUGGUGCUGCCUGCGGGCCAAGCCUUUCCAUGUCAGCUUUUGGCUCAUCCUUUGAUGAAACCUUCUUCACUUGUCGUUACUCCUUUGGGUAAGGUUGAUUUCAGCCCAUCAAGGCCACCUCUUUGGUCAUGAUCCUGGUCCGUCUUGGGUCCCGGGUCCAGUAUCAACUGCACUCGUUUUCCAGCCAUUGUUCUUACUGGCCCAUCCUCUACAAGCAUAGGAAUCCCGUCAGCUACCAUAUGAUGUAAAAGCUUCGGGAUUGCCUCCGUGCAGGUUCUUGAACCUCUCCCUUUUAUCUCUUCUCGUCGUCAACCUCUCCCCGUCCAGUCUCAAGAUUUCCUCCCGCUCCCAUUCCUGAUUCCCAUCAUACCACUGGACUCACCAUGGCAAGCAGUGCAGAGGUCAUCUCUCAACUCAUCGCAUACUGGGGCUUCUCGUGCCCAAAGGAUGGAAGCUUCUACAUCUGUCCUGAAAUGAAGCACGAAUUUCUCGGUUGCUGCACCGUCGACCCAUGCACCGAGGAACGAAACGGUGUCUGCCCGGACGACGAACUCCAAGUUGCAUCCUUCUCUUCCGCAAAAUACAAACUUCUUCCGGGUCAAUCAUGCGACGUCUCAAUUCAAGAAGCAGUAUUCUACACAUGCGCAAAUGCUGCCCCUCCAUUUAUGGGUUGUUGCGCUGACAACCCCUGUAACGCUGGUUGUCCCAAGGAUAAAUUAAGACCGACAGUGUUAAACAAGUUGCCCGGUGAGGAAUGGAAACGUGACUACAUACUCAACCCUGCUGGCACCGGCAUCAGCUAUAACAGCACCAAGACCAAACCCGAGUCCCCCAGCAGCAGCAGCAGCAGCAGCAGCAGCAGCAGCAGUAGCAGCAGUACCGAGCCCCAACCCGAGCCCCCCAGCAGCAGCACUGGAGGACUAUCCACUGGCGCCAUUGCCGGCAUCGCUGUCGGGGCUGUUAUAGCAGUCCUCAUUAUUGUUGCUGGGAUUCUGUGGAAGUGUGGAUGGUUCCCAAGGAAGAAGAAGGAAGGGGAUGUGCAGGAAGGGGAUGUGCCCGGAGCAGCCAUGUCUCAAAUGGGCCCCAUGACUCCCAUGGGCCAGCAAGCAUACCUACACCAAGGACAUCAAGGAUACGGCUACGUCGAUGAGAGCGGACGGUCAGUCAUGAGCAGCCCAAGCACAGGCUACAUGCGAGACUCAUAUGUGAGUGGCCUCACUGCUACCGGCAGCCAGUAUGGCCCUCUCUCUCCCGCCCUUUCCAAGGCAGGUUUCCAGAGCCAACACACGUCACCGAAUCUUGGGCAAGAAGGCUUUGAUCAAAAGUACGGCUACAAUGCUUUCCCAGGCUAUCAGAACAACGGGUUGGGACUAGAUACUGUUUCAGAAUUACCCGUUACCGACCACCAUUUCGGCGCACAGGAACUACCCGCGGGGAAUCAUCCUGGAUUUGAAAUGGACGCCAGCACCGUCCAACGCCCACAGGAACAAAAUCAGCCACAGCAGCAUGUGGGCCACCAGGAGGGCGACCGGCAGGACGUUAACCAGGAGCAAGCUACUUUGCAUGGCGAUGAGAGGAGGAAUUGACCAGAAAGAAAUUUUGAAAAAAAGGAUGAAAAAGAGGGAUGGGCAAACAAGAGGACGGAGAGGGAGCCAUUGCCCACAGGAGGAAUGAUAUUAUGGAAAUUCAAGAUACCACGGCGUCACGGCGAACAUGAAGGGCAUCGGACGUUAUAUAUGCAUGCACAUUACUCCCCCAAACCGGGGCCUUAAUGCAGAUGUCUAUGUUUGCGAUAUCUGUGAAACGCCUCUUUAUUUUAUUUUUUAUUUUUUAUUUUUUUGGCAAUCAGACCGUA